AUGCUGCUGAGUUUUGGCCUUGAAGGGGUUGACGCAGUUGCUCAUACAAACGAGCCUGGCACCCAGCCAGAAUCCCUGCUAGCGUCUAACUCUCCUUCCUCGUCCGCUUUCUCGCUACCCACGUUACCAUGUCUGGGCACUCUCUAUAACCGAAACAAGCAGUCCGAUAGUCCUGUUCCGCCUGCACAAACUGUAUCCGCCGCGGCUCAAAUCCCCGUUACUUCAACACCGAGCGAGCUUGAGUCUUCCCAGGCCGCAUCACUAGCGAUUGCCCGGCCUCUGGUCUUUCAUUCCUAUACUUACAAAACUUCCCGGCCCAAAAUCUCGUACCAGUUCGCCUACCCCGUUGUUCAUACCUGGCAUAAACGACUUAGGCUUCGGCCGAAGCUUCUACUGCAAGUGCAGCAGGUGUCGCAUAUGGCCCGGCCCUUGCCCAUCUUAGAAGUUCAACAAUCGACAUUGUAUUUACCACGGUUUACUCGAAAGUUCCCGACCAUGUUUUGCCCGAAGAAUGGACAGGGCCCGAAUGACCUAAGUGUCGUGAGGAGUGAACUAUACACGCGCACGGUGGCCAGCAUCACCGAGAAAAAUAUAAGUUGCGAAAGAGAAGACAAUGCGGACCAACGCCAAGUCGUGGCCACGAUUGUCCGCGUGCCCCAAGAAGAUGGCGAUCUAAAAGGAAAGGCAGAGAUCUGCUUGAAUUUUGGGCCGGUGUGGGAAGUGACUCCUCUGCCUAGCGGCUCAUAUGAGUUUGUGGCUCGCACCGAAAAUGGUGUGCGGGUAGUGCGAUGGGCUCUGCGCGGAGGCAGGAAUCGACGCGCCUCUGCAACCCCGGGCACUCAACCGCGCAAUGACACCAAACGGUUCACUUUCAGCAUCAUCGAUCUCAACGCUCGUCGGCACCCGGUGAUCGCCUCUAUGAAUAAGAACCUGCUAGAGGUGUAUAAUGAAUAUUCCGUUGUGGUGCCCCCCAGCACCAGCCAAAUAUCCCAGAGCUUGGGUAUGUCCGUGGCCAGCGACCUGUCCGAUAAUGAAGCACUGGUAGAUAACAAGAACGUUGUUACGCUCGAUGACGGGCUACGUACGUUGAUCCUCAUAACCGGGAUCUGGGUUGCUUGCUGGGAGGGUUGGUCGUAG